AUGUCCACUUCGAAAAUACUUAAUGUAGCCGUUAUAGGUUGUGGAGAGGUCGCACAGAUAGCUCAUAUUCCAAACCUGAUUGUGGCUUCUGAUAUGUUCAAGAUCACAGCGCUAUGUGAUAUAUCCGUUCAAUCAUUAGAAUUAUGCAGUAACAGAUUUGGGAUAUCUAAUACAUUCACUUCUGUAUCUGAAUUAUUAUCAUCUGAAAUCCCAAUCGACCUAGUAUUCAUACUUACCGCAGAUCAAUUUCACGCAGAACACAUAAUCCAAUGUGCAGACGCAGGUAAACAUAUAAUGAUCGAGAAACCGAUGGCUCAAACUUUAGCAGAGUAUGAUGCAGUUGAAGAAGCUAGAGUGAGGAAUAAAGUUGUGAUAUUCGUGGGAUAUAUGAGAAGAUACGCUACUGCUUUACAAAGAUUAAAAGAGGAAAUCAGAGGGAAACAGAUCAAAUAUGUUAGGGUAAGAGAUAUAAUUGGCAAUAACAACUACUUCACUUCUCAAUCAGGUCAAUAUCAGAAAUACUUCAAAGAUCAUCCCCCUUCAUCAACUAAAGAAUUACUGGGUAGAAUCCAAUCUAAUCUGAAAGAAAACUUGGGUUCCGAUGAUAAUAACAUUGGAAAAAAACUCGAUUCUCGGGAUUCACAUUCAUGGAGUUUAUUACAUAGUUUAGCAAGUCAUGAUUUAUCUGCAAUGAGAGAUAUCAUUGGAAUGCCUGAAAAAUGUUUAUUCGCUUCGAGAAGUAAUGAUGAUGAUUCAAGUAAAAGUUGGUGGUGGAAUGUCAUCUUUAAAUAUGAUGGAUUCAAAGCUUAUUAUGAGAUGGGAAUCGACGAAGUAGCAGUAUUCGAUGCUUCCAUAGAAGUGUACACGAACGAUAGUCGGGUCAAGAUCCAAUAUGACACACCAUACGUAAAAGGACUUCCGAUCAAACUGAUCAUUCAAAAACAACUUCCGAAUGGUGAUUUCUCCGAACAAGUCGUUAGACCAACUUACGUAGAUCCAUAUACAUUGGAAUUGCCUUUGAUAUAUGAUGCUAUAAUUAACGGUAAAGAUUACAAGACAAAACCGCUGGAUGCGAAGAAUGAUACUAUUUUAGCUAAGAUGAUCAUGGAUGCUUUGGUUGAUUAG